CCGUCACAGUAAAAUAGCGUCAACCUUCGUGCUCUUCACGGCUCUAACGGUUGGGAAAAGAAAGGCUCGGACAUGUGGUAGUACCUCAAGUACCUGCCUACCUUACCUCACUUACCUACUAGUAAAUCGCUUUUCAGUAGGUACCAUGGAAAAGCAAUAGGACAAGCGGUCAAUACCGGAGUCCGUGUGCAACUCUGAACUUGAACGGAAAUGAAGGGAAGACGCAAAGAGAUAUAAGACGGACUGUGGCCCGUCUAGUCUGGCCGGAACUGCUGUUCAUCUCAAUAUCUAAUCCAUCACGCUCGCCAAACAUGACACCCGAAGAAACCCUCCCCGAAAGAUGGGUCGCGGCCUGGUCCACCGACGACCCGGCCGCUUUCGCGCAGCUCUUUAAGCCGAACGCCGUCUACAUUGACCACGGCUCCCAGCUCCACGUGACCCGGAUGGACAACCACCACCGGGUCUGGCGCAACGCCGUUCCCGACUUUACGGCGGUGUUGGACCCGUCUACACCCAUUUGGUGGGCCAAGAAGAACGGCGAUGACGGAAAAGAGAGGACGACUUGUGUGUUUAGGUCUCUCAUGAACGGGACAUUUUUGGGGUCACUACCUAGGAAGGCGGCGACGGGGGCGGGGUGGUGUUUUGUAGCGAUGGUUUGUAUGGAGAUUGAAGAUGGAUUGAUCUUGAAGCUGGAUGAGUUUUAUCGGGAUAGCUUUGAGAAGGGUGUUCCGGUGGAUCAGUUUCUUCGGGAUGCGUGA